AUGUCGACCUUAGAAGAUAUCUACAACUCCAAUGCAGUCCAUUGGGAAAGUUAUGCAAGGCAGCCUGGACGUUAUCUCUGUGAGUAUUUUACAAUAUUCAAAAAUAUCAGCCCGACUGGCAACGGAGAAGGGCAAUGCCUUUCCAACAUGAGAAUCCUAGAUCUAGGAUGUGGAAAUGGUGAUAUAAGUAUCGAAUCAUUAAGAAGGGGAGCCAAAUUCGCUGUUGGAAUUGACUUUGCAGAGAACCUUUUGAGUAGAGCCAGAGAAAUUGCUAAUGAGGCAGGAUUUAUGGAAAGCCAUUACUCAUUCAUUAAGGCUAACGCUUUCCAAUCAGAAACAGUAUUUGAGCAGCUACCUUUGGAGACUCACCGAGAGACAUUUGAUGUAGUUUUUCUUUUAUGGAUUCUAGACUAUUCUCAAACUUAUGAAGAUUUUAAACGCUUGAUUCAACUUGCAGCUUCCUAUUUAAAGCCUGGCGGAACUUUGAUGAUUUUGGAAAAUAAUCAUGCUACUUACUUACUUACAUAGUCUUUAAGGUGUCUAGUGCCCACACCCUUAAUACAAAAGGGUCAAAGCGACAACUAGUGACGUCACCAAGCCAUCUUGGAAUAUGUGGUCAGCCCACACCCAAGCCUUCUAUGAGGCUAGUCUCCAGAUAAAUCGCCGCACAUCUCACCCGGCGCGUUGCCGUCGCUCGCUCCGACUCAGCUCCUGCGCGUGUUCCGCCUAGGGUCAUCCUCCCGUGGGGACGUGCUGAGAGGUAAAACUCCGAGUGUCUUGAAUGCACUGAGGAGCCGUGCCUUUGGCUAUCCCCAAAGUUAAACGGCUGUUGCUGUGCAGAAGUUCUCAAGAGAAAACCCAACCCCAUAAAUAAAAUUCCAUGAGGGAGAGAAAAUUAGCAGAGCCAAUUUCUCUCGAACCGAAUGCCAUUUUAUUUAUGGAAAAUAAUCAUGCAGUUGCUAGUUUCUAGUUAUUAAUUAUUCGGUGCUUAUAGUGUCUAGAGUCGCGCCUAAAAACAUUUUGAGAAAAAAUUUAGUAUAGCUUAUACCCCUUUAUAAAUUUCUUUAUCGAAAAAAAUGUAAUGGACAGUUGUAAGACAAGACAGAUUCUCUUAAAGGGAGAAGCUAGAACUCUACACCAGGAAAGUGCUAAAAAGUGGCAUUCCAAAAAUUGUUAACAAGUGUGAAAAAAGUUGACAAGAAAACACACCAAUUUUUAAAAUCGCUUUAUUAUUAAACUAAUUUUAAAUUAAGAUACCCUUUUAGACUACUAUAAUAAAAUUAUGAGUCACUAAGAAUUUAUAAUGGGCAGCCAGUACUCAAUACAAACUUUUAUAGAGUAAUCGAUCAUAAACCAAUGAGCAUUGUUUAUUUAAAAAUCUAUCCUUCCGAUUGAUAAGUUUUUAAUUUUUAAACCCAUUUAAAUUUGCUAAAGAAGAUCAUCUGAGUAUUAAAAACCUUAUAUAAACAAUAAAACUUUGGCUUUAUAGAGUAUGAUAAUAAAAGUUUAGAAUUUUUUAUAUAAAAAAACUAUGCUUCUGCAUAAAAGCUAUUCGAUUGAUAAGCUUUUAUUUUUAAAUCCCUUUCAAUUUGCGAAAGAGCAUCAUAUUAAGAACUUUAUAAAGAAGAAUGAGCGUGCAAUACAAACUUGGCCGUUGAUCAUAAACAAAUUGUUGUUUAUAUUUUUAAAAUAAAUAAUCUGAUUGCAUGUGUCACUCGGACUCUAUCCAUCGAGCAUGACUCAGCUCCUGCUCGUGCUCAUACUUUCUUGAAUGCGCGGAACAAGUUAACCCUAGCCUUCCAAAUACCUAAAGGGUUAGCUCAGGAGGCUGUAUACUCUUUCAGUUGAUUAUCUGAUAUAAUUUGAUAUGAAUUCCUUUGAAAGUAAAUCUCAUAGUAAUAAAUUCAUGAGAGAAAAAUCCUAGAGAAAUGCUACAUUUGCGUCAUUUUAUAAUUAUGCAGCUGCUACAAACACUGCGCACAAAUAAAAUAGCGGCAUCACCUACCCGUCUUCUCCCGAUCUGACCAUGACUUGGGGACCUCUAAAGUCAAUAUAAUCAGGAAACAGAGUUGUAGGCUAUGCUCUAUUAUUAAGGUCAGGUGCAAGCCAUAAUGAUGACGCAGUGGCCAAAGACCUUUUGUAAGGGAGGUUCAAGCGCUUUUUAACUCCAGCCCAGAGGUCUUUCCUCCGAAGGUGGAUACCACUUCCGGUAGCUUUUAUAUCCCUAUUUGCCUUGCGGCUUCUUGAGUAGGCAGCUUAUGGAUUUCUGCGGCCCUGCUACGGGCGAUUGGAGUAGCCUGAUUCCAAGGACUAUCUCCUUGGAGUUGGGUGCCGAAGUGCCUUCCUUCGAUAGAUACAGUAAAAAGACUACUUCCCUGUAGCCUGGGCAGAAACCCCUAGUUUUUCGAUAGAGGAAUGCAUAGGUCUUCGGAUCCAAAGGACGUUGUUGAGCAUCUCCAUUUCCAAUCACAGUAAACCAGUCAAAACUGCCGGAUACUCAUCUCCUAAGUCUGGACUUGAUUUUCGGUUCGGAAUCCGUCCCAGUUCGCUGCAGCCAUAAAAUCCGGGCUAUUGCACCAAGAGGUCAAGUUAACAUAUGCAACCAUUUAAUGCAUAUUUACAAAUUAUACAGGCAUUGAAUAAUUUUUGCUAUAUAGUUGAAUUUCAUAUCUCCGCCCAGCAAUGAAGAAUUAGUACGCUCCUAGUAGUUAAACGUUUAUCCCAAAAUGAAAGUCUGUCACUGAAGUAGUAGAUUUCAAGCCUCUAAACUGCUUAUUCCAAGUUGCUACUAACACUGAGGAAGUUAAUAAAAAGAAUAAAUUUGGAGACUGGGUCUGCUCAAAUCCAACAUGAAAUGUUGAUCACUGGCAAAUUGAAAACACUUAUAUAGAUCCUCAGACUCAAAGGAGAAAUUACACAGAGCAUCUUGAAAUUUUCACUAAAGAACAGUAUCAGGAAGCUCUACAAUUGGCAGGCUUAACACUGGAAAAGUUUGGACCAUUAGAAUUGGACCCAAGAUAUAGUGAUUUAGGAUUUCAAGAGAGCGAUUUUUGCUGUUUAACUGAAGAAAUAGGAGCAUAUUACCAUUAUAAAGGAGUUAAACAUUAA